AUGAAAAAAUUCCCUUUUUUUAAGCAAGAAUACCAUCAUAAAGAUGACUUCUCAGCAGAUUCAUCUUAGAUAGAAGAGUAAUUAAAUAAUGGUGAACUAAGAGAUUCAUUAAUAUAAGAGGGUAGAUAUAAUUAGCUUCCUUCUUACAGAAAGGUUCAUGCAUCUUUCACUUCUUAGAAGAGCUCAAUGUAUUUGAUUAAUUAAAUAUAAAAUAUAAGUGAUUAAUUCCAACAGCAGUUCCUUUCUCAUUAAUUACAGGAUAAAUUAUAAUAGCAAGGUUCUUCUUCUUUAGCAAUUACUGAAAGAACUUUAAAUACAUAAACGUUAACCAAUAUAAAAACAUUUAGCAACUCUGAAAAUUUACAAAUUGUAGAUAUAAUUUUUGAUGAAAGAAUAAUUAAAUAAAUUUUGGCAUUCCUCUCGAUCUCUGAUAUUAUAUAUCUAUUUGAUGUUUACCUCUUGCUCGAGAGAAGUCUUCAAUCUAAAAAAUCUGGCUUGAGUAUAGAGAUGAAAUCAAAAUCACUCUUUCAAAUAUCAUUUUCACCCACCAAAAGACAAUUUGCUGAAGAAAUUACAAAUAGGCUAAUUUCUUCUCAUUUUAGUCUAUAUGAAUGUUAGAAAUUUUUUGAAAUAAUUAUAAGAUACGAUGGGCUGAUAAAAUAAUUUCCUGAUCUCUAUGAACAAAAAAAUAGAUUAUAAACUGAUUAUGAGCAGGAUAUACAAAAGGAUGUAGAGAGAACUUUUUAUGAUACUAAGUAUUUGAAUAAUUAAAUAUAUUUAAAUUAAUUGAUAUAAAUUCUCACUGCUUUAUCUCAUAGUGUUUCUGAUGUAGGGUAUAUUUAAGGAUGGAAUUAGAUUGCAGGUGUAUUUGUUAAAAAUUAAUUUUCUCCUUAGCUUAUUUACUGGAUUAUUAAUUUUAUUAUGCAUAAAAUGCAAGCUAAAUAGUUAUUUUUAGAUAAUUUUAAAGCAGCAAGAGUGCUUGAUUAUUAAUUUGAAAUAAUUUGCAAAAACUACAUUCCUGAUCUCUAUUCAUAUUUAAAAAAAUAUGAAUUUGAUUUGAACUAUUUUAGUAAUUCCUGGUUUCUUACUUUGUUUUCUUUCGAGUUACCAUAUUCUUGUGUUUUAAGAGUAUGGAUGCUGUUUUUGCUUAAAGGUUGGAAAUACUUAAUUAAAAUUGGAAUAGCUAUUUUGAAGAUAGUUAAAUAAAAAAUAAUGAGUUCAGCAGACGAAGAUGAAAUAAAUUAGUUUUUAAAAAAGCAUAUUUGCAAUCACUUCUAAAUCAAUCCAUCUGAUCAGCAAACCCUAUUUGAUGUGGCUAAAUAAGUUAAAGUUUCUAAUACACUCUUGGAUAAACUUGAUUAACUCUAUAAAAACAGCUUUCCUGAACUGAAAAUGAACAUAAAAAUUAAGUCAAUAAAAAUAGGGCAAAAUAAACAAAAAACAAUUAUAGAGUUGGAGAAAGAGCAAAUCGUAUCUAAUAGGCAAUCAAUUGAAAAUUGGAGUGUUGAAGAAGAAGCAGGUACUGAUACUAUUCAGUAGGAAUAAAAUGGAAACUCUAUAUUUAAUCGAAGAGCUACUUUAGAGCAUAACUACUACAUUGGUGGAUAAAAGAGAUAGAAUUCUUAAAAUGCUUUACCUUCUCAAUCUGCUAUUUCUAAAACUUAAAUACUUCAAUAAAAUGAUUAAUAAAAUAUUAACUAAGCAAACGAUGCUACUUUGAAUGGAAAACCUUCUUAAAUUAUUAAAAGGAAUAGCGAUAUCACACAAAAUGUCAACAAUAGCUCAAGUAAAUCUCUUAAGAUAACAAAAAUUAUUGGACAGUCUCAUAUUCCUUACUCUCGCGCAACUAAUUCUGUUGUUUUAAACAAUAACUAGUAGCAAACAUAUACAAAUGCAUCUAACAAUAAUUUUUCUUAAAUAUAUUAAACUCCAUGUAAAAAUUAACUUCAUAUAGCGUUAAGUAAUUCAAAAGUUAUAAAUACUAACUAGAAUUAAGUUAGUCACCUACAACUUAACUCAAAUAAUUAGAGUGAAUCUACUGAUUAGUAAGCUACAAAUAGAAAUACUAUUUUCUAAAAUAAGAGUAGCAUUAAAAAAGAUAUUGAGACACAAUUACCUUCUCUUCAAACCCAAACAACCCUUUCUUCUUAAAAUUAAAUUAAUUUCCAAUAAAAUUCCUCAGUAUUUAGUUCAACAGCAGAAACUCGAAAAAAUGAAGGAAAUUGCACUAUUUAAUAAUGUAAUUCAUUGCUACAAUCAUAAAAUAGUUAGAGAGAGGACAUAUCUUACAAUACUUCUAAUUCAUAAUGCAAUUUCUCUUGUGCUUUAAAAUAGACCUAAAUAAAUAAUCAUCAAAAUUACUAAUUAGCUUCUAUUCCAGAAUAAGUUAACGGCAAUAUUUCUAAUACUUAAUAAAAUAAUUAUUAGAAUCCUUCAUCUAACUCAAUUUAAAACUCUCAAAAUAAAUAAGAUUUUUCAAAGUAAACUAAUUAUCAAAACCCUAACCAUCUUUAAUACUACAACUAUAAUAAUAAUAACGGUUCAUUAUGGCCAUCAAGUAGCACAGCUUCAUAGAAAUAAGAAUAAUCCUCUUUUGUUUCUAAUAACCAAGCUUAAUAAUAACAACACACUGAAAGAAUCACCUUAUCUAUGCUAAACUUAAUAAACAAAUCUAAAAAUUAUUCUAAAGAUUGCUCUCCAAACCCUAAUCUUAACAGAUUCGAAGAUAAGUUUUAAGUAGAUAAUUAAAGUAUAAUAUCUUCUAAAAAGAGCACUGAAGUCGUUGGAAUUAAGAGUACUUAAUCUUUAUCUUCACCAACAACUUUGAAUGGAAAAUACAAAACUGAGUCUCAUUCCUACAACUAACUUAUGCAGCCAAAAGAAGAAAAAAAGCAAGCAACAUAGACAAAAGACUCACAAUUAAUCUAAAAUAAUUAAAUUUAGGAAUAAUAAAUUGAACAGAAGAAUCAGCAAUAGAAUAAAUAGCAACUCAGCUAAAAAUAUUAAUAUUAGAAUACAAAAACAAAUAAUGCACAAAUGACAAAUAGAUAAAAUGAGAGUAAUAGCUCAUUUUUUCAAAAAAUAAUAAACAUCUUCCGAACUAAAGAGAAUUAAGCAUCUUAUUAAGCAAAUAAAAAUUAUGCACAUCUUAAAGAAACUUAGGAUUCACCUCACUAGCAAUCAAACAAUUUACAAAAUGCUCAAAAUCACUCAUUUAACAAGCAAUAAAGAAAUAAAUCAUUUGAUGUAAUUGGAGUCAUUGAAAAUGCUUCCAUAUAGCAAAUCAACAGUGGUUUAAUUACAGGAGGAGCCAUUAAUAGAAAAUAUUCAAAUAAUGAAUUUAGAAAUUUUCAAACUGAAAUCUCAAUCAGAAACCUUAAUGACUUAUCUCAUGAAAGCAUUAGUGAUGAAGGAUAAUAACAAACAUAUUAAGAGCAGGAUUUAUCUAAUAACAAUACUAACAGGUUUGCAACUUCUAGGAAAUGUUCAAUUUAAAAUGGUACAAUAAGUAAUCCUUAAUUUCCAACUUCUGCAAAAAGAAACUAUUAAGAUAAUCAAGAAAAUUUGGUUUCAAAAAAAAUUCCUAUUGAAAGGGCUAUGAGUUUUAAAAAAACAAUAUAAAACGAGCCAAAUCUAGAUAAAGGUAAAAAACAAAAAAUAAUUAAUAAUUACUUCAUUAGCCAAACUUAGCCUGAUUACAUGGAUAGUCCGAUUGCAGUUGAAUCUAGUUCUGAAAAAACUAACUACUAGGAUUCCUAUAAAAAUAACUCUUCUUACAAAAAAAAAAAUUAAUUUGAAGAAAAAAAUGGGUAUAGUCAAUAGCAAUUUCUAAAUUAAAUUAGAUAACAGCAACAAUAGAAUAUAAUUUAGAGUAAAUAAGCUUUUAGUAAAAAUAAUAAUAAUAAUGGAAGCUUGAUUAGUAAUGGAAGCUAAAAGUUUAUAAACAAUCCUCAACCAGCUUAAGGAUAUUUACACCUCCAAUAAAAUCAAAUAGAUUAGCAUUCUAAAUCACAAGCUUAUAUAUAUAAUCAACCAACAACUAAUAACUUCAAGAGAUUUCCUUUAACAUCCUAAAUUAGCUCAAAGAGAGGCGAGACAGAUUAUUAGCAAAGUCCAAUUGAGAAAGGAAUAAAAAACUAAAUUAUUAAAGCUUCUUCAUAAAUAACAACCUCAGCCUUAUCUCCCGCAAAAUAAUAAUAAAAAGAAGAAGAAAAUGCCUCAGUAGAUGAUUCAGCAGACGUUGUUUCAAUAAAACUUAGGGGAAAGUAAAAAAACUUGACAAAAAUUUCUACUAAAACUAUAAACUAAAUUUCUCCCUCUGAUUACAAACUUUAAAUAUUUUAAGGGGUCAAAAUUAGUACUUCAAAUGUAAAAAGUUAUGUCCCAUAAGAAUUUGCAAGUGAAUAAAAAUCACCAAUAUAAUUUUAAUAGACUAAUACAACCUAAGCUGUUUAGCCUUUCGAUGCUUACAAUUAUAGUUCUUCAAAGAAAACCUUCAAUGACAUUUCUGAAUUUAAUCAUACUUCUAGUAAUAGUGUAAGAGUAUUUAACUGCAAAAGUAACACUAAUUUACCUUGCAAUGAAGAAUUGAGCCCAACUAAAGAUGUAGGUUCUAUAAACAAUAAUAACUUUUACUACUUAGGAAACCCUCAAUAUUAUCAAAGCAAUUACAAAAACAAAACUGAGAAAAGUGAUCAUCAUUUAAGUCUCACAAGUGAAAUACCAUAUAUAUCAAAAAAGGAAAAAUAUAAUUAAAAUUAAUAAUAACAAAAUAUUUCUAUUUCUAAUACAAUGAACAAAAAUAGCUAUUAUUGUUAGUCUUCCUAAUAGCUAUCUUCCACUCAACCAAGCAAUCUUCAAUAAAAGAAUGCAUAAAUUACUCAAAAUCCUUCUUCUAUAACUUCUUAGCUCUCAAUAUAAAUAUAAAAAAACUAUCAAAGUAAUCCUAAAAAUUUUUAAAACAAUGAGUAUAACAGUAGUUAAUCUAACACUAUUCUAAACAGACAGAGUAAUCCAGAAAAUUAAUAGUCAAUAAUUUAAUAAGAGUUAGUUACCUAAAAUACUAAUUCAUUUUUUUCCUCAAACUAAUAAUAGUUAUUUAAAAAACACUCUAUUACUGUUGGAAAUUUAGAACUUAGCAAUAAAAAAAUUUAAUGA